AUGAUCAACAACAACAACUUCAACAAUCAACAGCGAGAUGAUUCAACAACAAUCAAAACCAACAGCGAUCAUCCCGGCAACAAUCCUUCGACAAUCAACAGCGAUGAUCCUGCCUGCAACCAACAACAACAACAACAACAAACAACAACAAUCAACUUCAACAACCAAGCGAUCAGCGAUCAUCCCGGCAACAAUCAACUUCGACAAUCAACAGCGAUGAUCCUGCCUGCAACAACAACAACAACAACAACAAUCAAACGAUCAUUCAACAACAACCAACAGCGAUCAUCCCGGCAACAAUCAACUCAAACAACCAACAGCGAUGAUCCUGCAACAGAGAUGAUCCUGCAACCAACAACAACAACAACAAUCAACUUCAACAACCAACAGCGAUCAUCCCGGCAACAAUCAACUUCGACAAUCAACAGCGAUGAUCCUGCCUGCAACCAACAACAACAACAAUCAAUCAACUUCAACAACAAGCAACCAGCAACGAUCAUCCCGGCAACAAUCAACUUCAACAACCAACAGAUCAGAUGA